GAAAGCAUGAGAAAGAGAUUCGAGAUAUAGAGGCAAAAAACAGAGAAAUAAUCCUGAAAAUGGAAUCUGCACGAACUGAGUCUGCAGAGGAAACAAUAAAAAUGUUGAAGGAAUUGAAUGAGUCAAAUCUGAAGACAAUAGGCCAGAAACAACAAAAUUUUGAAGAUUAUCUGAUACAAUUGACUGAACACAGAGCGAAGGAAACAGGAAGGCUAAUGGCACAGCAAGAAAUGAUCUUCAGAACGAAGCUUCAGGAACAAGAAAAAAAAUUAAAUGAAAAAAUCAAUGAACAGGAUAUACAACAUAAGGAAGAAAUUCGGAAACUCAAUAUGAAAAUAAAGCCUGACUGUCUCUUGAUGUAAAAGGUCUAAUCAGAUCAGGUUCCUCCCCUACUCUCUCCUUUCAGGGACGAAUUGUACUGAAUCUCUUCAGAUAUUCAGAACAAAAUAAAAUCCAAAAUAAUAAAGGUAGC